AUGGGGGCGGGGCGGGGCAAGGGUGAAGCAGCAGCGGCAGCAGCAGCAGCAAGGACAAACAGAGCAGCAGCAGCAGCAACGACAAACAGCAGCAGCAGCAGCAGCAGCAAAGACAAGCAGCAGCAGCAGCAGCAGCAGCAGCAGCAGCAGCAGCAGCAGCAGCAGCAGCAGGAAAGACCACACCGCGGGUCGACCGCGCUCCCUGCCCGCUUCCCCCAGUGCGCAGUGCCCAGUGCCCAGUGCCUAGGCCAAAACUGUGCAGCAGCUGCAGCCCCACGCCCCCCAGUGCUGCAGCAAGAGGGGCCCCCCCCUCAGCAGCAGCAGCAGCAGCAGCAGCAGCAGCAGCAGCAGCGGGGGGGGCCCCCGCUGCAGCAGCAGCGGACUGGGGGCCCCCAGCUGCAGCAGAACCCUGAGGCCCCGGGGGAGCCAGGGCUGCAGAAGAAGACUCCGAGCCACUCAUAG